AUGUCUGCGCUGCUGGAUCUUAUAGAGUUGGUGAUCAGUGCGUACAUUGUCCUCAAAACUGUGCAGGGAAUACAUGUGAUAGCCCAUCUGGAGCUUGCUCAAUGGGCUGUUUAGCUGGGUUUUCAGGUAUAUACUGCAAAUGUCCAGCUAACUGUAAUGACCAAACCUGUGAUGGAGCUACCGGACACUGUGCAAACUGUUAUGAUGGAUUUUAUGGACCUGUCUGUACACCUUGUCCGGCUGGCUGUAGUACUGACACAUGUGACAAAUCGACUGGGAACUGUAUACAAUGUGACGCUGGAUUCUUUGGUAAUCAGUGUGAUCAGUCUUGUCCUGCUAACUGCAAAGCCAACGUUUGUAACAAGGACAGUGGUCAGUGUGGAGACUGUGAUGAUGGAUUUUAUGGCCCUGUCUGUACACCUUGUCCGACUGGCUGUAGUACUGACACAUGCGACAAAUCGACUGGGAACUGUAUACAAUGUGACGCUGGAUUCUUUGGUAAUCAGUGUGAUCAGUCUUGUCCUGGUAACUGCAAAGCCAACGUUUGUAACAAGGACAGUGGUCAGUGUGGAGGUAGGAUCAACUUCAAUAUUGAUUUUCUUGCAAAACACAUUUGCAGACCUAUGAAGAUAGGAUAAAACAUGCUGUCU